GGCUCGGGCGGAGAGAGGAGCUGCUACGCCACAGCCCAGCGGCGGCCAUUCGCGGAAAAAGAGGCAGAGCCUGUGCCAGCUACAGCCUCCUCCGAGCCACCGCGGGCGGGCGGGACCGGCCUCUCCUCCCGCCUCGCCCCCACCCCCACCCCCACCCAUCUCUAUCCCAGUGUCUCCGUCUAAGGGUUUGUCCUGUUAAUGCGGGAUGAGCGAUCAGAAGAAGGAGGAGGAGGAGGAGGCGGCGGCGGCGGCAGCGAUGGCUACAGAAGGAGGGAAAACCUCUGAGCCAGAGAAUAACAAUAAAAAAACCAAAACCUCAGGCUCCCAGGACUCUCAGCCCUCUCCUCUGGCUUUACUGGCAGCUACUUGCAGCAAAAUAGGGACUCCUGGUGAAAAUCAAGCAACUGGACAACAACAAAUUAUUAUAGAUCCAAGCCAAGGAUUGGUGCAGCUUCAAAAUCAGCCACAACAGCUAGAACUGGUAACAACACAACUUGCUGGAAGCGCUUGGCAACUUGUUGCCUCCACUCCUCCUGCUUCAAAAGAAAAUAACGUUUCUCAGCCAGCUUCUAGUUCAUCUAGUUCUUCCAGCAGUAAUAACGGGAGUGCAUCUCCUACAAAAACUAAAUCAGGUAAUUCUUCCACCCCUGGUCAAUUUCAAGUAAUACAAGUACAAAAUCCAAGUGGUAGUGUACAGUACCAAGUGAUCCCUCAACUUCAGGCAGUAGAAGGUCAGCAAAUUCAAAUCAAUCCAACUAGUAGUUCAUCUCUACAGGAUUUGCAGGGUCAAAUUCAGCUAAUAUCCGCAGGUAAUAAUCAAGCUAUACUCACAGCUGCUAAUAGGACAGCUUCUGGGAAUAUUCUUGCUCAAAAUCUGGCAAAUCAGACAGUUCCAGUCCAAAUUAGACCCGGUGUUUCCAUACCACUUCAAUUACAGACCCUUCCUGGUACUCAGGCUCAAGUUGUAACAACCCUACCAAUCAACAUUGGAGGAGUGACUUUAGCUUUGCCUGUGAUAAACAACGUAACUGCUGGAGGAGGGACUGGACAAGUUGGCCAACCUGCUACGACUACUGACAGUGGGACUUCCAAUGGGAAUCAGUUAGCUUCCACACCCACGACCACUACUGCUUCGGCCAGUACUAUGCCAGAAUCUCCCUCCUCCUCCACUACCUGCACAACUACCGCGUCAACAUCUCUCACAAGCAGUGACACAUUAGUGAGCUCUGCAGAUACGGGCCAGUAUGCAAGCACAUCAGCCAGUAGUUCUGAACGCACCAUUGAAGAAUCUCAAACACCUGCUGCUACUGAGUCUGAAGCCCAAAGCUCCAGUCAACUUCAGUCUAACGGAAUACAGAAUACACAGGAUCAGUCGAAUUCUCUUCAGCAAGUGCAGAUUGUAGGCCAGCCUAUUUUACAACAGAUUCAGAUCCAACAGCCUCAGCAACAGAUCAUUCAGGCCAUUCCACCACAGUCCUUUCAACUCCAGUCAGGGCAGACUAUUCAGACCAUCCAGCAGCAGCCUUUGCAGAAUGUUCAACUUCAAGCAGUAAAUCCGACUCAGGUGCUUAUCAGGGCUCCAACUUUAACACCUUCAGGGCAAAUCAGCUGGCAAACUGUACAGGUUCAAAAUAUUCAGAGUCUUUCAAAUUUGCAAGUUCAGAAUGCUGGGUUAUCUCAACAAUUAACCAUCACCCCAGUGUCUUCAAGUGGUGGCACAACUCUUGCUCAGAUUGCUCCUGUGGCUGUUGCUGGUGCCCCAAUAACUUUGAAUACUGCCCAGCUUGCAUCAGUGCCUAACCUUCAGACAGUGAGCGUUGCCAACCUGGGUGCUGCAGGCGUUCAAGUGCAGGGAGUUCCAGUUACAAUCACUAGUGUUGCAGGUCAGCAGCAAGGGCAAGAUGGAGUGAAAGUCCAGCAAGCUACUAUAGCUCCUGUAACAGUGGCAGUUGGAGGAAUUGCUAAUGCGACAAUAGGUGCUGUUAGUCCUGACCAACUCACACAAGUGCAUUUGCAGCAAGGCCAGCAGACUUCUGAUCAAGAGGUACAACCUGGAAAGAGGCUUCGAAGAGUUGCCUGUUCCUGUCCUAAUUGUCGGGAAGGAGAAGGAAGAGGCAGUAAUGAACCAGGAAAAAAGAAACAGCAUAUUUGUCACAUUGAAGGGUGUGGAAAGGUUUAUGGCAAAACAUCUCACCUACGAGCACAUCUCCGCUGGCAUACUGGAGAAAGACCUUUUAUAUGCAACUGGAUGUUUUGUGGCAAGAGAUUCACAAGGAGUGAUGAGCUUCAGAGACAUAGAAGAACCCAUACAGAAAAAAAUUACAAUAUAGUAAAUAUUGAAGAUAAUAGCUACUAUGAAUUUAAGGUGAAAAGAGAUUUGAAUGCCCAGAAUGUUCUAAAAGGUUUAUGCGGAGUGAUCAUCUUUCCAAACAUGUCAAAACACACCAGAAUAAGAAAGGAGGUGGGACAGCUCUUGCCAUUGUUACCUCGGGAGAACUGGACUCAUCUGUUACAGAGGUGCUUGGCUCCCCAAGAAUUGUCACCGUUGCAGCCAUUUCUCAAGAUUCGAACCCAGCAACUCCCAGUGUUUCAGCCAACAUGGAAGAAUUUUGAAAAGCUAUUUAUAACAGAGACCUCUAGUGCUGCACUUAAGUUUACACACCUUCGAAAAUCUGGAAAUGGGCUGGUUAAGUGGAUUACAGAGUAGGAAAUCAUGAUUUCAUUCUUGGCUUCUUUCAAGUAUUCCAGGGUUUUGGUUCAACACCUUAAGUGUUGACAUUUUAAAAAUACAAAAAGCAAACGAUUAUACUGGAAACAGAUAGAAAGUAUUUCCUUCAUGGUAUAAAUUAUAGUUAUUUGGAAAUAUAUUCCAUAACCUUUAAACAGAACACUCCACUCUCUAAACAUCAUGUAUUAAUGUGUUUAAAAAGACAGACCUCAGUAGUUUGCAGGCUGGACCUUAAUUGGACCUUUUUUUUGAAAGUACUUUGUUACAAAAUCAAUCAAUAAUAAUUUACAUAUAUUUCCUUUUCUCUAUAGACAGAAAACUGUUAACUGAAGAUAGGGAUAAUACUGUAUUUCCUCAGUUUGAUUUUUGAAAAAUCAACUCAAAAGAGUUUUGGCCGUCUUUUCUAAAUGUUAGAAAUUCUUCAAAUGUUAAAUUAGGUAAGUUCCAACACAGUAAUCUGAGAUGCACCUCAGAUCUUUAUUACCACUACAUUGUAGUAGUGGGUAUUCAGACAAUCAAUGAAAUCCAAUUACUUGCUCCAUUUUGGAGACACAAGGAGAACUUAGAGCUAACUCUUAGGUUAAAUUUUUAGAUUGAAAACUUAGAAAAUGGUGGGGGGAAAAUAGUAAAAACAAAACACAUAAUAGCUUCAGAAAAUAAAAUGAAGCAACUUGACAUGUGAUGUUUUAAAGUUAGGACUGAUUAGAUUCCUAACCCUAGGUUGAACCGUAACAUUUCAUUUUAAAUGUUUAUAUUGGAAAUAUUUGCAUAGAUUAUAAAUGGUUUUGUAGUUUCAUAUUCUGUAAAUAUGAGUUAUGUUGAAAAUGUGCAGAAUUCUUUAUGCUUUGACUUGGUAGCCAAAGAAAGAAUUAUCACACUUUUUCAAGGCCAUCAGAAAAUUAUAUUUUAACUAUAUUAUAAUUUUUGUUUUCCUUUACUAAAAAUUGGCCAAUCCCAUUUUAUUUCUAGUACUGUUAGAAUGUUAAUUAGGAAUUUAUAUGUUUGUGCUCUGUCAAUAAAUGAAUUUUCCCUGAACAUCUAAGCGGCCUAACAAAUGUAUAAUAGAUACAUAUUAUGAAGUAAAAAUUAUUUUUGAAAAGUUAGAAUACUUUUCAGUCAAAUAGUUACUAAAGAUAAAACAACAAUAUAUCUCAUUUUUCAUGCCAGGAUCUAAUAGAAAAUGGUUAUAUUAGGAAAGAUGGCCAAAAGUUUCAUAUGAUAAAAAUUGAAUUAUUCUAAUAGUUUAAAUAUUACUAAAAUCUUCAUUUCAAUUGAGUAUUUACAUAGAAUCAUAAAAUGAAAAUUAAAGUUUUUACUUGUUUGGUUUAUUAACAUCAUUGGUUUGGGAAACUGUAUGAAAAUAGGUCCAUGUUUUCUUAUGCAUUCUCUAUUAUUUCAGGAAAAGUACUACUCCUGCGAAUUCUCUUCCAAAAUUGUGACGUUUUCUUGUAUUUUUGAUGAAGGAGAAAUACUGUAAUGAUCACUGUUUACACUAUGUACACUUUAGGCCAGCCCUUUGUAGCGUUAUAUAAAACUGAAGGUCUUUUGUGCUUUCAGUUUGUAUAAAAAAGCUUUGAGAUUAAAGGAAAAAAAUUUUUACACUGUGGUUAUAAAUUUCAAGUUUCUUAAAGCUUUUGUAGACUUGUAACAGAGUCUUUAAAUUUUAGUUGAAUUUUGUAAAUUGUUUUGUAUAUUUUAUUUAAUGUACACUUAACUGAUGUAUCUGGCUUUAAAACAUCAGAAUUAGUUUGUUUUGUUUGGUACAGAGGAAUUUGGUAGUGUUAAUUUUAAUUUUAUUACAUAGGAGCUGAAACAUCAAAUAUAUAUUUUAUCAUUAUGCUACACAAUCAGUGCUACAAAUUUUUUUAUGCAAGGGAACUUUCUUAAUGUUUUAAUCAUGUUUUCUCCAAGUGACACUUUUUGUUGUUUUUAGUACCAGGUAUGAGCACCCUGCAUCAUUAUUCCCUACUAGCUGUAAUGCAAAUCCAUGUAUGUUUAUCAGAAAUGGAAGGUUUUUUUAAUCAACAAUGAGGCCUAUUAUAAAUUUAUCAAACUGAAUCUGGAUAGCUUUAUAGCAUAUAAAAUUUAUUAAUUUGUGUUAGCAGGUGCACAUUUCACCACAGAAAUUAGAAAUAUUUUGACAGUCUGUUCUGCAUACCAUUCUGAGUCCACUUUUCUGUCUUAUAAGAAUCAUAAAUUUCCGUGUCCUUUAUUUGACUCAGUGGGAUAUAGCUGUUAUAAGUAAUAGGGCACAGAUGUGCAGUAGAGUCUUGUUUAAUGGCAUUUCACUGUUCAUUCCCUUUGCCACCGUUAUAAAACUUUUCUUUUUUGUAAUUAUCAGUGCAAAGCUAUGUAUUUAUCAUGGUAGAACUCCAGUGUUAGAGUAGUUUUUUCUUACAAUAUACUUUCUUUGGUUAGGUUUGUGUAUGUGUUGCUGAUUACAUUAGAACUUGAUGUUGUCAUUAUUUAUCACACUCUCAUGAGAGCAGUAAUAAAAGUGUGUAAUCUAGGAGAAAAAGUUAAUUUGUCAAACUUAGAUAAGCAUGAUGUUUAGGUCCUAUUUUUCAAUUUUAUAACUGUUUUAUUGCAACAAUAUUUGUAUUUAAGUCUCCAUUUUAAUGCCUUGUGGUGUUUUUUUAUGCAUGUCACUAAGUUGUCAUCCCACAUAAAUUGAUGUGCAGCAUAGGGUAUUAAAUCUACAUAAUGAUUUUAAAACAGAAAUAGUUGAUGGUAAAAUGUAAAUGUUUUGCAAAAAUUCCUUAUAAAAACUUUCGUAGUAACAUUUCACUUGUAAAUUUUUUGUAAAAAAAAAAAAAAAAGAAAGAAGAUGAAAAAAAAA